AUGAAAACAACGGUGUUACUUGCUGUUUUCGUUUUAUCGAUCGCCAUUCACUCACACCAUGGAGAAGAAAUACCUUUGGAACCAGGUCCUGUCGUUAGAGUGGGGGAAGGGCCAGGUCCUGAGCGUCCGAGAACGCAAGGUGAGAUUGUUGGCGGCGGAAUCGAAGGUGGUUUUGGAGGACCCCAAGGUGGAUUAGGACCUCAGUUCCAAAGUCCUUCACCGCAAGGCGAGAAAAUAGGCGGCGGAAUCGAAGGUCCAGUCGUUGGAGGCAACCAAGGUGGAGGGCCUCAGGGUGGUUUCGGAGGAAAUCAAGGUGGGUUCCCAGGACAGCAAGGAGGAUUUGGCCCCGAGCGUUUUGGCGGGAACCAAGGCGGUUUCCCAGGACAACAACAAGGUGGCUUCCCCCCGCAAGGUUUUGGUGGAAACCAAGGUGGUUUCCCGGGACAACAACCAGGUGGAUUUGGUCCUCAAGGUUUCGGUGGAAACCAAGGUGGCUUCCCAGGACAGCCAGGGGGAUUUGGCGGUAAUCAAGGUGGCUUCCCAGGACAACAGCAAGGUGGAUUUGGUCCCCAGAGUUUCGGCGGAAAUCAGGGCACAUUCCCAGGACAGCAAGGCUUUCAAGGAUUCCCACGUCGAAGAAGAGAACUUCAAGGUACGAAUCCUUUGGAUGUCGCCUCCUUAUUUUUUAUCAAUGCAGCUCAUACGCAUUCGUUCGCAAAUUCCUAG